AGCCGCUAUAUAAGCCCCCUCUACCGCAGCGCAUUGCUUCACACAACACAUCCGAUCGCAUAGUCUGGUCUGAUCAGUCGCGCCAGACCGAGCUCUAGCUUCAGCUCGUCGGAGUUCGCACCGGUCGACUCAGAACUCCUCGCCGAUGGCCGCCGUCCAGGUACAAGCCGCAACCCACGCGAUGCCCGUCGAGGAGGCUCCGGCUCCGGCGCCGGCGGUGGUGGAGGCAGUCGAGCCGGCCGUCGUCGUUGUCGAGGAGACUACAGUGGCGGUGGAGGCUGUCGAGCCGGCCGUCGUCGCGGUUGAGGAAACUACGGUGGCGGUGGAGGCUGUCGAGCCGGCCGUCGUCGCGGUUGAGGAGACUACGGUGGCAGCGGUGGAGAUUGUCGAGCCGGCUGUCGCCACGGUCGAGGUGGCAGCGGUUGAGGCUGUCGAGCCGGCCGUUGUCGCUGCCGAGGAGGCCGCGAAGGAGGAGGCUGCUGCACCGGCCGUGACCGAGCUGGCGAAAGAGCCUGAGGCAGUUCCAGCGGAGACCAAGGAGGCCGAGACAGAGGCCAAAGUGGCCGAGCCCGAGGCUGUCCAGCCGGCCGCCGCCGCCGAGGAGGCUCCUGCUGUGCCAGCAGUGACCGGGAGCAAAGAGCCGGAAGGUGCCGCUGCCGAGGGAACAGAGACCGAAGUGGUGGAGCGUGAGGCAGCACCGGCCGAGGUCGAGACCAAGGAACCAGAGCAAGAAGCUGCUCCGGCCGAGACCGAGACCAAAGUGGCAGAGCCAGCCGCUGCCGAGGCCGAGGCCAAAGAGCCGGUGGCAGAGGAGACCCCGGCCGUGGAGGAGGCAGCUGCCCCCGAGGCCGUUGUGGCAGUGCAGGAGGAAGCAGCAACUGCCGAGGCACCUGUGGAGGCUGCCGUCGCCGUCGAGGCAGCACCGGUAGAGACAGAAGCACCAUCUGCUGCUGGCGAGGCAGAGGCGGAGGUCAAAGAGCCGGCAGCAGAGGCACCGGCCGAGGCACCUGUGGAGGCACCCACGGCCGCCGAGGCGGUGCCGGCAGAGGCACCAGCUGCUGCCGCCGCCGCCGACAAGGCCACCGAGUGAGUUGAUGCGCGCGGGUCCGAUCGUGCUUCCUCAGCUGGCCUUUGACUGGCUUCCGUGCGCGUGCCCUGGCAUGCCAUGGCACCGUACCUAGUUCGUUUAUUAUUGGGUCCGUAUGUGUGGGCGUAUUUCGUGAGUGGCCGAUCGUCGUCGUCUGGGCGCGUAUUGUACGCGACGUAGCUGCGUACAAUGUCUAGCUAGCAGUCGUAUGGGUGUCGUUCUCGGGUGGCUUCAAUAAUGUGUCCGUGGCGUUCCGGGUCCCACUGUCAGUGAUGCCAUGGCGUCACUGGCUUUGGACCCUCUUUUUCGUCUCUUUUUUUCUUGGUGUUUCCGUUGGUUAAUAUAUAUGUGUAGCUAUUUAUUUGUGCA